AUGGUAGGUUUGUUUUAUUUUACUAUUUUUCUGGCAUUUUAGGUAGUUUCUGGAGCAGUUUGAAGUUUUUCAAAGGUAUUCUUUUGUCGAAAAGAGCGUUUUGAUGUAGAGUACUAGAUGGGAAUUAUGUUUAAUGUUUUAGAAAGGCUUUUUACGGACUAUUUAGUUAUUAGUUAAAUUUAUUAUGUUUUAGAAAGUGUUUAGAAAAUAAUUAGAUUUAAAAAUGAGAACGCAUUUUGGCUAACGGACUAAAUUUAAAGCUAACUAGUUAAUUUAGCUUUGAGUAACAUUAAAAGUUUACUAUCACGUUUUUUACUUAUUAUAUCAAACAUUUCUUGACAUUACAAGGUGUUCCUAUCAUAACUUAACUUAUUUCCAAUACAGCAAAACCUGUAUCUAAAGUAGAGCUCUAAACUUAACUAUAAGGUAAAAAAAAGGCUUUACUGUAUUUUAAAAUAAUUUUUAUUUUAUUUUAGUCAGACACAAGCCGCAGUCCACGUGCCAACGCCGCCCGACCAGCUGGAGCUGGUGCCGUUCGUCAACGUCGUGCUGCUCCAACUUCUGGAGCCGCAUCAAGCGGCGGAACUGUGCGUACUCGUGCCACGGCUAACUCUGCUGGUAUGUGGAGAUUCACGACCGAAGAAUCAACCGGAUUAAAGAUGUAAGUUGAUUUUAAGUUUGUUGUUUUGUACUUUAGGUCGAGGUGAUGGAAUUGUUGUUUCUUGCUUGAAUUUUGAAGUUAAAACGGGAUGUGUGACGCGGAAAGGGGGUUUAAAUAAAAGGUUUGGGUUUUUAUCAGUUAGAUUGGUGAAAAAUACGAAGACAGGGUUUGUAACGGCAGUUAUAACUUUUACAUUAUCUCCACCAUCUAACAAAAAUAUUUUGAUGCAUUUUUAUUAUUUUUUUGGCAAAAUUUUUAAUCAAUUGAAAUUUCAGUGGCCCAGUUCCAGUCCUCGUUCUCAGCUUGGUAUUUAUCGCAUCAGUUUUCGUCUUGCACAUCUGGGGAAAAUACACACGAUCAAGCGCCAGCUAA